AUGGCCUGGUUGGUGCUACUGGGUCUACUACUGUGCAUGUUGGGGGCUGGAUCAGGCACUUCAGAUUUGGAGGGUGUUCUGCCCCCUGAUCCCCACAACUGCCCCAAUAAAUGUGUCUGUGCUGCCGAUGUGUUGAGCUGUGCGGGCCGUGGGUUACAGGACUUGCCGGCAGCACUGCCUGCCACUGCUGCAGAACUUGAUUUGAGCCACAAUGCACUCAAACGCCUGCACCCAGGAUGGCUGGCGCCCCUCUCCCGGCUGCGUGCCUUGUACCUAGGCUACAAUAAGUUGGAUGUCCUGGGCCGCGGUGUGUUCACUAACGCCAGUGGGCUGAGGAUACUCGAUCUGUCCUCUAACCUGCUGAGGAGACUCCGUACCUAUGACCUGGAUGGACUGGAGGAGCUGGAGAAGUUACUUCUGUUCAAUAACCGCCUGAUGCACUUGGACCUGGAUGCUUUCCAGGGCCUGAGCAUGCUCAGCCACCUCUAUCUCAGCUGCAACGAACUCUCCUCUUUCUCUUUCAACCACCUGCACGGCCUGGGGUUAACCCGCCUACGCACUCUAGACCUCUCCUCCAACUGGCUGGGCCAUGUCUCCGUCCCUGAACUGGCUGCACUGCCCACUUUCCUCAAGAAUCGGCUCUACUUGCACAACAACCCACUGCCCUGCGACUGCAGCCUCUACCACCUGCUCCGGCGCUGGCACCAGCGGGGCCUAAGUGCUCUGCACGACUUUGAACGUGAGUACACAUGCUUGGCCUUUAAGGUGGCAGAAUCCCGAGUGCGCUUCUUCGAGCACAGCCGGGUCUUCAAGAACUGCUCAGUGGCUGCAGCUCCAGGCUUAGAGCUGCCCGAGGAAGAGCUGCACACACACGUGGGCCAGUCCCUGAGGCUCUUCUGCAACACCACAGUGCCUGCUGCACGAGUGGCCUGGGUUUCCCCGAAAAACGAGCUGCUGGUCGCGCCAGGCUCCCAGGAUGGCAGCAUUGCUGUGUUGGCGGAUGGCAGCUUAGCCAUAGGCAGGGUGCAAGAACAGCACGCAGGCCUCUUUGUGUGCCUGGCAAGUGGGCCCCGCCUGCACCACAACCAGACGCUUGAGUACAAUGUGAGUGUACAUAAGCCUCGCCCCGAGCCGGAGGCUUUCAACACGGGCUUCACCACACUGCUGGGCUGUAUCGUGGGCCUGGUGCUGGUGCUGCUCUACCUGUUUGCACCACCCUGUCGUGGCUGCUGUCGCUGUUGUCGGCGGGCCUGCCGCAACCGUUGCUGGCCCCGGGCAUCCAGUCCACUCCAGGAGCUGAGUGCACAGUCCUCGGUGCUCAGCACUACACCGCCAGAUGCACCCAGCCGCAAGGCCAGCGUCCACAAGCAUGUGGCCUUCCUGGAGCCGGGCAAGAAAGGCCUCAAUGGCCGUGUGCAGCUAGCAGUAGCUGAAGACUUUGAUCUGUGCAACCCCAUGGGCUUGCAACUCAAGGCUGGCUCUGAGUCAGCCAGUUCCACAGGCUCAGAGGGUCUCAUGAUGAGCUAG